AUGGGGGGACAUGGGAUGGGACAAGGGGGUGGUGAAGAAGAGGCCGGAAUGGGCGGGCAUGGGACAACAGUGCUGGGGACAUUGGCUAAGGCUGUCCGUGUCAAUGCUCCACUUUUAGCCGACCCACUUGCCCCUGCUGGAGCUAAGCUCCUCACGCGUAUCAAGACCACCGCAUCAAAUUUAUGA